UCUACCCUUUUUCCUACUACUCGUCGCUCUCCUUCGAGCCCAGAGCAAAACCCUCGGAGGCUCCGCUCCACGUCUCCUACGAUCUCCUUGGCCUUUCUGGGCUUCGAUUCGUUGGGGUUUUAUCGCGCCACUUUCAUCCGAAGUUCAAUCGCUAGUGGCCGAUAGGUUAUGGCGGCGCAAGUUCCGCGUGAAUGGACUGGGAUCCAGCAGUUCCCUGUUGCUACGCAGAACAAAUUACAUGAAAUAUUAGGAAAAUUAAAGCUAGAGAAUGCAAGCACCUUGACAAUUCUGUUGAUGGGAAAGGGCGGAGUGGGGAAGUCAUCCACUUUGAAUUCCAUCUUAGGGGAGAGGGUGGCAACUGUUAGUGCUUUUCAGUCUGAGGGUUUGAGACCUAUGAUGUGCUCUCGGACUAGGGCAGGUUUCACCUUGAAUAUCAUAGACACUCCAGGGCUUGUUGAAGGUGGAUAUGUGAACGAACAGGCUAUUGAAAUCAUAAAAAGGUUUCUCUUGAACAAAACUAUUGAUGUUCUUCUAUAUGUGGACCGGUUGGAUGCAUAUAGAGUGGAUAAUUUGGAUAAGCAAGUUAUCAAAGCUAUCACUGACACAUUUGGGAAGAGAAUUUGGCAAAGGUCUAUUGUUGUUUUAACUCAUGCACAAUUAUCUCCACCAGAUGGUUUGAGCUAUGAUGAAUUCUUCACCAGACGAUCAGAAACACUAUUGAAAUGCAUUCGCAUGGGUGCCCGAAUUAAGAUGCAAGAGUUUGAGGAUUCUCCCAUUCCUGUUGCCCUGGUUGAAAACAGUGGGAGAUGCAAUACCAAUUCUGACGGGGAAAAGAUUCUGCCUAGUGGUAUUGCUUGGAUUCCAAAUUUGGUUGAAGUAGUCACAACAGUAAGUGCUAAAGGGAGCAAGCCUAUAACAGUCGACCAGAAGCUGAUCGAGGGCCCCAACCCAAACGAGAGGGGAAAGUUCUUCAUUCCUCUUAUACUAGCAUUUCAGUAUUUCUUCAUCAUCAAAGGUAUUCAGCGGACUAUCAAGAGAGAUAUUGAAACAGAAAAAAGGCCAGCUUGGGAGACAUGGGCAUCCCAGAAGGCAGAUAGAUUCUGAGUUAGAUCAGGGACAUGGUUAUUGUGAAUGUGAUAGAUACACUGAUUCUGCUGCGUGCAUAUAUUUUUAUUAUUUCCUUUUGUCUCUACUUAAUAUGUAAUUAUUGUUUCAGGCGGAAUAUUGGAUUCAUUUACUACCUUCAGCUUUUCAUGUAUUGUUGGUCUACUUUUCCUGGGGCUGCUACAGCAGUCAAAAUGAUGAUAUGCAGUCCUGACUUGAAAUGAAUUUUGUUCCUCUAGUGCUUGGCAAAA